GUGAGGCGCGCUUGUCUGUGCUGAACGUACUCUGGAGACACACUCCUCUGAGUGUGUAUUUGAGUGUGUGUUGAUGGUGCUGUAGUUGUGUGUGUGUGUGUGUGUCUGUGUGUGUGUGUGAAAUUGGGAUGUCUGCGCUGAAGAGUCUUGUACCUGCGCGCUUCCUCACACUGACUGCUCACCUGGUCAUCAUCAUCACCAUCUUCUGGUCCCGCGAUAAUAAUAUUCAGUCAUGUUUGCCACUGGAGUUCACGGAAGAUCAGUACAGAACAGAAGACACACGGCUGACCGUGGCUCUGUCUGUGACUCUGGCUCUGUUUGUGCUGGAGCUGGCUGGGUUUCUGUCUGGAGUCUCCAUGUUCAACAGUAAUCAGGCCCUGCUGUCUCUGAUCACACACUCCAGCGCGUGUGUGUGUCUGUCCUUCUUUGUUUUUCACCAGUGGCCCUGCUGGACGUACUGGAUCAUCUUCAGCAUCUGCAGUGUGUUUCCAGCUGUUGUGGAGCUGUUCCUGCUGCUCUCGCAGAGGGUGCUGUGAGUGUGUGUUUUCUCCACAUGAAGACUCUGAAGAACACACACACACACCGCUUCACCUCUGCUUCUGUCCUCAUCACACACACUCCUGUCGGCUCCUCAGACCUGCAUCUGUACAUAUUCCUCUCUUCUGUGUGUUUUAUAAAGGAGUUCAGCCUGAGUGUGUGUAGAUCUGUGUCUGGAUCAGCUGUCUUAUACACCUUUAUAGUAUUGAGGAUUUCAGCAACAGGCAUUUUAAAGGGCACCUAUUAUGCAGAAAUCACUUUUAUAAAUGUUUUAACCCAGCAGUGUGUGUGUGUGUGUGUGUGUGUGAGCAGUGUGUGAGUAUCUCCAGCAGCCUCUGAUGCUCAGCAGUACUGAACUGUGUUUGUUAUAAUCAGACUUGAUGCAGAAACACUGUGAUUGACAUUCUCCUGCUGUACGUGUCAUCAGAGGGGGAAAGCCCCGCCCACCAGUGCCCAACUCUCCACCUCAUUAGCAUAAACAGCAGCCCUGAGUGAGAAGCAGCCGUCUGUCCAUUAGCCAUUAGAGUGUUUGAGCUGCUGAAGAUCAUGUCAGCAUAGACUAAGAGCAUUAUAGAUGUGGAGAUAUAGAUGAAAUGUAAAGUUAGUUUAAUGUCAUCAGUUUUAUUAUGAUCUACUUUCACGCUUCAUCCUAAUUUAAUUCCUGUAGCUUUAGGCCUGUAAUGUUCAUUCAUCACUCAUUACAGCAUCAAUUCCAAUUAAAGAUCAUUACUGGAAGUUUUAUUUUGAGAACAAUUAAGCAAAUCAUGUUUUUUCUAUGUGUUAAAAUUAUACAGUACAAUAAUUGCAGUAUGCACACAUGUAAAAAGUGUACAGAUGUUCUGGUAAUUAAACAUUAAAUUGAAUUAUAAUGUUUUAAGUGGCA